AUGGGUACAAAAGGUGAAAGCUAUAAUCGACGUUGGAAGACAAUCAUGCUUGUAGGAGCUACUGGGACAGGAAAGACAACUCUAGUGGAUGGAAUUGUUAACUACGUUCUGGGUGUUAAUAUGGAUGAUCCAUUUCGAUUUAAAAUUGUGAAACUAGAGGAAAGUGAAAGAAUUAAGGAGAAAAAACAGGCCGAGUCCCAAACGGAGUGGAUCACGUGUUACACGAUACAUUCUUCCAAAUAUAGCGGACGAUUAGAAUUCACACUGACGGUUGUAGAUACGCCAGGGUUUGGAGAUACUCGUGGGAUAGGGUACGACAAGAAAGUUAUUGAUCAAAUCAAACACCUUUUUUCUCAACAUGGUCCUAAGGGCAUUCUAUCACUUGAUGCAAUUUGUUUUUUGAACAAAGCACCUGACGCCCGUCUUACUGCUCAUCAAAAAUAUGUUUUUCAACAAAUUCUGUCAAUGUUUGGAAAAGACGUUGAAGAAAAUAUCUGUUCACUGAUCACGUUUGCUGACGGUCAAGAACCGCCGGUUUUACACUCACUGAGAGAAUCUAAACUUCCUAUAAACAAAGAUUUUUGUUUUAACAAUUCAGCUUUGUUUGCUUCAAACGGUACGGAAAACACUCAUGAAUAUACGCCACUGCAUUGGAAAAUGGGUCUCAAAAGUUUCCGAAAAUUCUUUGCUCACCUUCAAAAACUCCAACCGAAAAGUUUAGAAAUGACACGGAAUGUACUUCAUGCACGCGACACUCUUGAAAAUACCAUAGAGAACAUACAACUGCAGGUAAGUAGUGGCCUUUUUACUAUUCACAGUCUACGUGAAGAAAUCCGUAUUUUCAAUCAGCACAAAACAGAUGCAGAAGCAAAUAAGGACUUUGAGUACGAAAUAAAAUUCUCAGUACUAAAACAUAAACCUUUGCCACCAGGUCAACACAUCACUAAUUGUUUACAUUGCAAUCACACCUGCCACUACCCAUGCUACAUCCCGAAUGACGAAGACAAAAUGCGGUGUGCUGCCAUGAACUUGUCAGGAAACUGCAAUGUUUGUAAAUAUAAGUGUCAUUGGUCUCAGCAUAAAAACACGCCGCAAAUCAUAUACCCAGAGAUUGUUAAAAAAAAGGAAACGUAUUCAAAUAAAAUGAAAAAAUUCAAAGCAGCAAAGAAAGGGAUGGUAACUCAUGAGGACGCUAUUGGAAUGCUGAAACAAGAUAUGAUAAAUAAGAUGUUGGACGUGCAAGAAAAAAUGGCAGUUGUUAAACGUUGCAAUGAGCGCCUGAAAGAAAUGGCAUUGCGCCCAAAUCCACUAAGUAUGGUUGAAUAUAUUGAUAUUAUGAUAGAAGCUGAAGAGUUUGAACAAAAUGAUGGGUAUAAAGAGCGAAUUAAAGAACUGAAGUUCUACAGAGAUAGAGCUACUACAGACAAAAAAGCAGCAGAUUUUCUGGCUAUAAGACUAGACGAAGAGCUGAAUAUGGAUUAGAUAAAUGCAUGUCUCACUUUGGUGCCGUAUUUUGGAAAGCUUUUAAAUGAUAUUGUCUCUUCUAAAGACAAUUAUUAUUUUCACAAUUCAUGUCAACAUGACAUCCAGAUUCUUCUCACUC